UUCUCUCUCUCUCUCUCUCUCUCUCUCUCUAGCUCGAGCUCGAGCUCGAGCUCGAUCGGGAUGAUGAACCGGUUCGAACCGGACGGGAGGAAAAAACCGAGCCCGAUGGGGCCGCCGGCCGGGCUGGCCCGGUUCGGAUCGGCCCCCGGGUCGCUCCUCGCGGGGAUCGCGGACUCGGUGAUCGGCGGCGCGGGGGGAGGGGGUAGGGCGGCGCUCGUCCGCCACAGCAGCUCCCCCGCGGGGCUCCUCUCCCAUCUCGGGGUCGAUCACGCAGGUCCAAGGGGGAUAGGGAGCUACUCUCAAACAGGCACCGAGUUUGUCCAGGCAAUGAUGGCGAGUCAGAAGUUAAGGCCUCAAUGGAGCUUCUCGCGACAGGACUCGCUGUCGCAGAUUGCAGAGAUGAGCAUCCCCGACAUAGGAGAGAGUUCCAAUGAUUUCUCCAUCACCUCGUGGGAUGAUACGAAUUCAUUCAUGUUCUCCGCUCCUUCGAGCAAGCGAGCCAAGGAUAACAAUGCGGAGAUUAUCACUAGUAUGAGUAACUUGGACUCGCAGAUUGGCCUGCAAGGCACCUCACUGGAGAUCUCCGGGAUGGAGAACUACCUGCAGAUCCAAGAAGAUUCCGUCGCUUGCAAACUCCGUGCCAAGCGCGGGUGUGCGACACACCCGCGGAGCAUUGCUGAGAGGGAAAGAAGAAUAAGGAUCAGCAAAAGGUUGAGGAAGUUACAGGAUCUUGUUCCAAACAUGGACAAGCAAACAAGCACAUCAGAUAUGUUGGAUUUGGCCGUCCAAUACAUCAAAGAUCUGCAGAGCCAAGUUCAGCUCAAAUUCUGAGGGAUGGAACAUACCAGCAGAUCAACUUAUUAUUGUUGAAGCUAAACGAAGAGCAAGCAAAUUGCACUUGCUCAAGCAAGGUUUGAGCUUGGAAACUUCAUGUGCAUUAGGGUGUUUUUACGCCAUUUAGUGGCUAAUUUGGAAAGAGAGGACAUUUUAUUCAUUGGGAAGUCAUGUAUAAGAGUUGCACAAUGCUAAUAUCUUAGGUUCUCUUUCACUUGGGUUUGUUUUCUAAAUGUAGCAUAGGCAAUAAAACUAGUGUUAAGCACUGGUUUUUUGCUAGUGUAAAGCUAGUGAACUUCUUUGAGUUUGUAAUUUAGAUACUCCCUUGAUCCUUUCAUCUUAUUGUCUUUGUGAGGAGAAAUUAAUCCUUUUCGGUUAUAAAUCAAAAGCUUGCGUCU